UUACAUUUACCUCCGCUCUUUACAUUUACUUCGCUCUUUAUAUAUACCGCCGCUCUUUACAUUUACCUCCACUCUUUAUGUCUUCUUCGCUGUUUACAAUGGCUAGCUAAGGAACUGAAAAGAAAGAGGCUGCUGCACAGUCCUAAAAUCGCAGUCUAAAUAAACGAUAUAACCCAUGCUUUCAUUUGGCAGAACCAGUGUAAGUUUUGUAACAAAGCAUUUUUCUUUGUAUUUUGUAGGAGGCAGUCUGUCAGCUACACAACUCUGAGGCAAACUGUAGGUGCUAUGACCCGGAGCACGGAUUAAACUCGCCAUAUAAUGAUACGGUCACCUCAUUUUAGUGGAGCACUGUACAUAAACCCGGAAUUGCGUGAUGAAGGCCUGGAUAAAAAUGACUAAUGUUGUUGCCUGCAAGACAUACUACGAGACCGUGCGUAUAAAUUUCCGGUCCAGCCAGCCAGAGCUAGCAAAUGUGGCUGCAGCUAAUAAGACCUCAGCCCGGAGUCACCAGAGGAGGAAGAGGCUCUUGGAGGCGAGGCAGAGUGUACUGGCUGUGGAUGAAGUGGACUUCUGGAGGGGAAUCACUGCUGACAUGAUGUCAGAUGAAGAAGACGGUGCCGUUGAUGGAGUCUCGGGGUGGAUUGUGAGACCUCCAUCAUUCCGCAGCCAGGAGUUCAGCAAUCUGUGUGCUAAGCUGCAGAUGAGACUAGAAGCCAAUGCGCUGAACAGCUUCUACGCUCAGUUUGAGGCACGAUAUUAUGUGACAGUGAGGAAGAACAUCCCUCCUUCAGAGGACCAGGUGCUCUGUCUCACCACGGCUGACAUGAGGAAACCCAUGGAAAGCUCCUGGACCAGCAGCAUUCCUGGCAGAGUGCUCAGGGAUUGUGCAGAACAGCUGGCGGAUGUCUUCACAGACAUCUUCAGCAUCUCCCUGAGCAACACCAUCGUCCCAAUGUGCCUAAAGUCCACCAGCAUCAUCCCCCUGCCAAACAAGUCUCCAAACAGCAAACAGCAAACAGCACUGUAGAUGAUCCCACACUCCCCUCACACAUACUCUUCAACCUUCUGCCAUCCGGAAAGAGGUACCAAAGCAUUUGGACCUGCCCAAGCAGACUGUUGAACAGCUUCUUCCCUCAGGCAAUCAGGUAUCUCAACAGAGAACUGAACUGUGCUGAACACGGUGUUACACACACACACACACAACAGAGAGCUGGUCAAAAAAAAAAACUAAAUUUGUCAUGCUCACAUGCACAUGUCACUUUUACACUGAUCUUGUUUACAUGUACACACCACUCAUUUAUAACUGUCCAUUUUUGGAUAUUUAAAUACACACGUCACUUUAAUUAAAUGUAUGUGUUAUAACUAAAUUACUUCUAUUACUUCUGCUGCUAUAUUCACUGUACUAAACCUAUGUCCUUGUAGAAAUAGUUAAGCUCUAUUUUUGUCCGUGUCACCUUUACUUUGUGUUUGUUCUGUGUAGCACCUCUGGUCCAGGGGGAAUGUUGAUUCUCUUCACUGUGUACUGCAUAAGCUAUAUAUGGUUAAAGUGACAAAGCUUCUUUGACUUUGAUCUAAUCCAGCAUUUGUGAGAUGUGCUGGACAAACCAGUCCGAUCCAAGGAGGCCCCACCUCACAACUUAUAGGACUUAAAGGAUCUGCUGCUAACAUCUUGGUGCCAGAUACCACAGCACAUCUUCAGGGAUCUAGUGGAGUCCUUGCCUUGAUGGGUCAGGGCUGUUUUGGCAUCAAAAGGGGGACCAGCACAAUAUUAGGCAGGUGCUCAGGACAUUCAGGCAAGACAGGACAUUAGGUCUGUCAUCUCUGCCAGGCGGGCCAAGAAAGAAUCCUGAUACCCAAGGGCUAGGGUUCCUAGGAGCAUCCUCCCUAGGGCAAUUUCUCCUACCUCCUGCCUCCUCCAAGUUCCCAUGGAACAUGUUUCCCUACCAGACUGAGACUCAGGCUUUUUGUAUGACCCAGUAUUUUGCUGUUCCCAAGAAUGACAGGACACUGCAUCCAAUUUUGGACCUGCGGUCUCUCUACUGUACACUGAAAACGUUGAAAAGUUCAAGAUGCUCACACUCAAACUUAUCACAUUGCAAAUCAGGUCCAAGGACUGGUUUGUGACAAUAUACUUCAAAAAUGCCUGUUUUCAUGUAGGCCAGAACACUGGAUGUUCCUCAGGUUUGCCUUCGGGGUCAAAGCAUACCAGUAUUGUGUUCUUCCUUUUGGUCUAGCCAUGUUGUCAUGCACAUUUACAAAAUGCAUGGAUGCUGCCCUGCUGCUGCUGCAUCUCCAGGGCAUCUGAGUACUGAAUUACCUGGACAACUAGCUUAUCCUGGCCCAGUCGAAGGCCAUGACGGCCAGUCAUCGAGAUGCUGUGCUUGCCCAUAUGAGGUCUCUAGGCCUCAAGUUGCAACCAGAGAAGUGUGUACUCUCUCCUUCUCAGAGAACCACCUUCAUUGGGGUAGUUUGGGAUUUCACCAUGAUGCAGGCAUGUCUGUCUCCUGCUCAGGUGGCUUCCAUACUGUCAGCGGUGAAAGCUAUUUGGUUAGGCCAAAGCCUCUCUGUCACCGAGGUGCAGAGAAUGCUAGGCCUCAUGGCAGCAGCAGCCAACAUUAUCUCUUUGGGCCUGUUAGCCCAUUCAAGCUCUGGCUCAGGGGUACAGGCUUUCAUCCCUGCAGCCAUCCUCUCAGAGCCAUAAGAGUUAUGUGCCACGGGCUUCGUACCGUUCUUGUGUGGAAAAACCCAGGUUACUGACCUUGGGUCCCAUUCUAGGGGCGCGUCAAUGUCACAAGACUUUUUCAAUAGAUUGAAAAAAAGGCUUGCUUUCGGACUGGGGAGCAUUCUUGGGCAGGCAAACCACCAAGGGUUUCUGGGAGGGCAGUCAACUUACAGUAUCUCACAAAAGUGAGUACACCCCUCACAUUUUUGUAAAUAUUUAAUGACACUCUGCUACAAUGUAAAGUAGUGAGUGUCCAGCCUGUAUAACAGUGUAAAUUUGCUGUCCCCUCAAAAUAACUCAACAAACAGCCAUUAAUGUCUUAACCAUUGGCAACAAAAGUGACUACAAGUGGCAAUGUUCAAAUUGGGUCCAAAGUGUCAAUAUUUUGUGUGGCCACCAUUAUUUUCUAGCACUGCCUUAACCCUCUUGGGCAUGGAGUUCACCAGAGCUUCACAGGUUGCUACUGGAGUCCUCUUCCACUCCUCCAUGAUGACAUCACAGAGCUGGUGGAUGUUAGAGACCUUGCGCUCUCCCACCUUAGGGUUUAGGUCUGGAGACAUGCUUGACAAGUGCAUCACCUUUACCCUCAGCUUUUUUAGCAAGUCAGUGAUCGUCUUGGAGGUGUGUUUGGGGUUGUUAUCCUGUUGGAAUACUGCCCUGUGGCCCAGUCUCCGAAGGGAGGGGAUUAUGCUCUGCUUCAGUAUGUUACAGUACAUGUUAGCAUUCAUGGUUCCCUCAAUGAACUGUAGCUCCACAGUGCUGGCAGUACUCAUGCAGGCCUAGACCAGGACACUCCCACCACCAUGCUUGACUGUAGGCAAGACGCACUUGUCUUUGUACUCCUCACCUGUUUGCUGCCAAACACGCUUGACACCAUCUGAACCAGAUAAGUUUAUCUUGAUCUCAUCGGACCACAGGUCAUGGUUCCAGUAAUGUCCUUAGUCUGCUUGUCUUCAGCAAACUGUAUGCAGGUAUCUUUAGUAGAGGCUUCCUUCUGGGACGACAGCCAUGCAGACCAAUUUGAUGCAGCGUGUGGCGUAUGGUCUGAGCACUGACAGGCUGACCCCCCACCCCUCUGACCGGCUGACCCCCCCACCCCUUCAACCUCUGCAGCAAUGCUGGCAGCACUCAUAUGUCUAUUUCCCAAAGACAACCUCCGGAUUUGAUGCUGAGCACGUACACUCAACUUCUUUGGUGGACCAUGGUGAGGCCUGUUCUGAGUAGAACCUGUCCUGUAAAACCGCUGUAUGGUCUUGCCCACCAUGCUGCAGCUCAGUUUCAGGGUCUUGGCAAUCUUCUUAUAGCCUAGGCCAUCUUUAUGUAGAGCAAGAAUUCUUUUUUUCAGAUUCUCAGAGAGUUCUUUGCCAUGAGGUGCCAUGUUGAACUUCCGGUGACCAGUAUGAGAGAGUGUAAGAGUGAUAACACCAAAUUUAACACACCUGCUCCCCAUUCACACCUGAGACCUUCUAACACUAAUGAGUCACAUGACACCAGGGAGGGUAAAUGGCUAAUUGGGCCCAAUUUGGACAUUUCCACUUAGGGGUGUACUCACAUUUGUUGUCAACAGUUUAGACAUUAAUGGCUGUGUGUUGAGUUAUUUUGAGGGGAAAGUAAAUUUACACUGUUAUACAGGCUGGACACUCACUACUGUACAUUGGAGCAGAGGGGCAUUUCUUUAGUGUUGUCUUGAAAAGAUAUAAUAAAAUAUUUACAAAAAU